UGGCUCGUAAAUAAUAGCAGGUGGAAACACAAAUAACUCACAUUCGCAAUCAGUCAGUCCGACAUCUACGACAUGAAGUGGGCCACAAUAGUAAUUGCAAUUAUCCUGCUGCUGCCAGCCAGCCAGCAAAGGUAAGCUUUCACCAUAUUCCGAAUGCGAUUAUCUUAAUAUUAUUGUCACGUUCCUAUUAGCUCUGAUGUUUUGGUGCUCUCCUACAAUCCCACCUAUGAAAUAUGGUUUUUCAUGCCAACUGGCAGGCCUAAAUAUGUUUCCCAAAAUGUACAGAAUGCCUAUUGGUUUGCCAGGACAAAAGGAGGAGUUUGCUACUCUGAUUUCUGGUUCUACUGCAAAUCUGGUGUUAAAAUAAAAGAGUAAAUUGAUACAAGAGAAUAAAAUCACAAUAAAUAUUAGCAGUAAA